AGAGGAGGAGGAAGAGGAGGAAGAGGAAGAGGAGGAGGAGGAGAUGAUACAGUUUCCGCGUUGGAGUUGCCAAACAACAACAGACGUCCUGCCAUGGCAACAGCGCGAACCCGUGUCUUCUUCCUCACCUCGGUCCUUUGUGCGACUCUGGCGCAAGACUUCAAAUUAAAGUACAAACCGGCCACGACACCUGUGAGGUUGUUCACAGAGGAGGAGCUGAAGAGAUACGACGGCCGCCAGGAGAAGCAGCCCAUUUACAUGGCGGUGAAGGGAGUUGUGUUCGAUGUCACCAAAGGAAAAGAGUUUUACGGUAAGGACGCUCCGUACAACGCCCUGGUGGGUAUGGACUCCACUCGCGCUGUGGCCAAGAUGUCCCUGGACCCAGCGGACCUGACGUCCGAUACUACGGGCCUCACCGAGGAGCAGCUGAAGUCUCUGGACAGUAUAUUCGAGGGCACGUACAAAUCCAAGUAUCCCAUCGUGGGUUACACGGCGUCGCGCAUCCUCAAAGACGACGGCAGCCCCAACGAGGACUUCAAACCAGAGGACCAGCCUCUGUUCCAAAUCAAAGAUGAGUUUUAAUCUCAUUUCCUGUCUCGAAAUGUCUUAUUAUUAUGAAGGAGUUUCUUUAAAAUUUAAAAAAAUAUUUUCUCCGUACUCGAGCAGAAUCAGAAUCUAAUAUGAUAUAUGAUAUGCCAAGUGCAAUACGUGUACGAGAGAAGAGCAAAAUACAACGGACAAAUUACAUUUAAUUACUUGAACUGAAGGUUUACAUGAUUCUUCGUCAGCCGCGAGAGCGUUUAUGUACGCAGCCACUACGGAAUCAUUCCAAUACAUAUUAUAUAUAUUUUUUAGAGAUCUUUUUUUAUUCAAAACUAAUUCAGCUCUCGUCUGUAGAACCGUUGGGAUUUUUUGCAGCUCAAAUACAGAGUAGGGUGACAGAUGUUUAAUUUGGGGCUUUGAGUCUUUGAGAUAGCUGCAGUGACGCUGUUCUGUACGGUGGCCCUGAAGUGCAAAAGACAACUACACACACACACACACACACACACACACACACACACGAAGAGUGAUUGAAAUGAAAGUCAAAUGAAUGAAACAUUGACGCACAAUAAACCGACUAAACAUUUCAUAACACGUUUCCUUGAAUGUUUUCAUAAUCGAUCGCGAAGAAUCGCCACAUUGUUCAGUCUGUGAAAUGUCAGGAGGGAGGUUUCUACGUAGAGAGUCUGAGAAACGACGUAAAUGAUUAUUUUCCAGUUGAUCCGAAACCCAUCGAUUGUUCCCUGCUCUGGAGACGUCGUCACUUCAACGUGUCGCCUGACGGGAGAAAAAAAACAACCCCAAACUGUGAUCAGUCCGUUUGUUUUUCGAACCUGAUGGAAAGUGUUUGUGCAAUUAUCAAUAAAGUCUGUAAAAUCGC